GGCGUUUGUCAAUUCAUUGAAUCCGGCGGCGGGCAAGCGACCGGUCGCAAACAACGUGGUUAUAGUUUUCGUUUGAAAAAUACACAAAAAAACACGUCCAAGAUGAAAGGCGACAAGAACGUAGACAUCCAGGCUCUCAAAGACAUCGCCAACAAGCUGAGGAUCGACAGCAUCGUUGCUACUAACGCCUCCAAGUCUGGUCACCCAACAUCAUGCGCCUCCAUGGCAGAGAUCAUGUCGGUGCUGUUCUUCCACACCAUGCGGUACAAGAUCUCGGCGCCCAGGGACGCCUCCGCCGACCGGUUCAUUCUGUCCAAGGGUCACGCAGCCCCCAUCCUAUACGCAGCCUGGGCUGAGGCAGGUCUGUUCCCCGUGGAGGAGCUGAAGAACCUCCGCAAGCUGGACUCCGACCUGGAGGGACACCCCACCCCCCGCCUCAACUUCGUAGAUGUGGGCACUGGCUCGCUCGGACAGGGGCUGGCUGUCGCCGCCGGUAUGGCCUACGUUGGCAAGUACUUCGACCAGGCACCUUACAGGGUGUACUGCCUGGUGGGAGACGGCGAGGCGGCCGAGGGCAGCGUGUGGGAGUCGCUGCACUUCGCCAGCCACUACAAGCUAGACAACCUUGUGGUCAUUUUCGACGUCAACCGCCUCGGCCAGUCCGAGCCCACCUCGCUGCAGCACCAGCUGGACGUGUACGACGCUCGCAUGAAAGCGUUCGGCCUACACUCGCUGGUGGUGGACGGGCACGACGUGUCGGAGCUGGUGAAGGCCUUCGACGAGGCCGCCGCCGCCCCCGGCAAGCCCACCGCCAUCAUCGCCAAGACAUUCAAGGGGAAGAACUUCCCCGGCAUCGAGGACUUGGAGAACUGGCACGGCAAGGCCUUGGGCGCUGAUGGUGAUAAGAUCAUCAAGCACCUGCAAUCCCUGAUCAAGAACAACAGCAUCACGCUGAAGCCCAAGGCCCCGCUGGCCGAGGCCCCUGCGGUGCACAUCGGCGACAUCACGCUGUCGGCGCCGCCCGCGUACAAGGCGGGCGAGCUCGUCGCCACGAGGCUCGCCUACGGAACUGCCUUGAAGAAGAUCGCCGACACUAAUAUGCGUGUGAUCGCGUUGGACGGCGACACAAAGAACUCCACGUUCAGUGACAAACUGCGCAACGCCUAUCCUGAAAGAUACAUCGAGUGCUUCAUCGCGGAGCAGAACCUUGUUGGCGUGGCGACGGGCGCCGCGUGCCGGGACCGGGCGGUGGUGUUCGCCUCCACCUUCGCCGCAUUCUUCACCAGGACAUUCGAUCAGAUCCGCAUGGGCGCCAUCAGCCAGUCGAACAUCAACCUGGCGGGCUCGCACUGCGGCGUCAGCAUCGGCGAGGACGGACCCAGUCAGAUGGGCCUCGAGGACCUCGCCCUCUUCCGCGCCGUGCCCACCGCCACCGUCUUCUACCCCUCUGACGCGGUGUCGACGGAGCGAGCGGUGGAGCUGGCGGCCAACACGAAGGGCAUCUGCUACAUCCGCACCUCGCGGCCCAACACCGCCAUCCUCUACGCCAACGACGAGGUCUUCAAGGUGGGCUCGUCCAAGAUAGUGCGUCAGUCCCCCAAGGACCGCGUGCUGCUCAUCGGCGCCGGCGUCACGCUGCACGAGUGUCUGCUCGCUGCCGACAAGCUCAAGGCUGAAGGCGUGGAGGCCCGCGUGUUGGACCCGUUCACGAUCAAGCCGCUGGACGAGGCGGCGGUGCAGCAGCACGCCAAGGCUGUCGGCGGCAGGGUCGUCGUCGUGGAAGACCACUACCAAGCCGGUGGACUCGGCGAGGCAGUGCUGUCAGCCCUGGCGAUGCAGCGCGACACGCUGGUGAAGCACGUGUGCGUCCGCGCCGUGCCGCGCUCCGGGCCGCCCGCCGUGCUGCUCGACCACUACGGCAUCUCCGCGCCGCAUGUACGCGCCGCCGCGCUAGCGCUGCUCAAGGCGUAAACACUCAUACACACGCUGAGCUGAACUUUAUUACAUCAUGUCAAGAUAACUCGCACUCCCAUUCAACUAAAAAGUAGAUGUUCAAUAAUUCGCUUUUUGAUGUUUCUUUUUGUGUGAUUUGUAAUGAAGUUCAGUUCUAACGUCUACUAGUUGUCCUCUUGUCGAAUUUUUAUUUCGUUUUGAUACCCGAUUGUUACAUUCUUACGACUUGUUAUCUUAUUGAUGGUUUUGCGCACAGAACUUGUUAUUAAUCAAUUGUUAUAUCAAAGAUUUGCAAUCAUACAUGUUUGCUCUACGAUCAGAAUCAAAAUUAACAUUCCUGCAGGCAUUCCGAUUGUCUAUGUUUAUACAAGGUCUAAUACUUUGAGCAGACAGCUUGAGAAAAUUAUGUAGUUCCUAAGAACAUUAUCUAAAGUUAAGUGAAGAAACAUAAUAUAGAUCUUUUUUCUAUACUUUAUAUACAAUAUUGAAGUAUAUAUCCGUGCCUUUGUUUAUUGUGAUGUUUCCGCACAAGUUGCGACUCCGGUCGAGUUUUUGAUGGAUUUUUGAAGGUUAGCGUGUAAGAGAUAUUUUAUAGUUAUUUUUGUAUCAGCGUGUAGGCUCGCCGGUACAGCGAGCCGUUGUUAAUCGGUAUGUGGUUACUUUGUUGCCUACAGUGGACAAGUUUAAGUUUAUAUAUUUUACAUAAAUCACUAUUGGUCUUGUCAUCACAGAAGUACAUUAGAGUUCCAUUUUCGGCAACAAAGGCUUUAUAAAGUGCAUUUUGUUCACUCACAUUGUUAUUACUCGCAUAGUUGUACGACGGUGUUGUGUCACAGUCCCACAAUCAUGACGAGUAUAUUUUUGGGAUCCUUUAUCAAAAUCAAACAAAAUAUUGAUUCGGUUAAAUGUUUUAAUUGGUAUAUUACAUUCCUGUUUUCAUUAUUUUGCUUUAUAUUUUAAUCACUGGAUCAAGUGGUCUUUUUUUGCAAUAAAGUUUAUUGUAUACAAAA